AUGUCUUCCAGAGCAAGUAUAACGAAGAAAGCAUGCGACGGCUGUAAGAUUCGAAAGAUUCGCUGUGGUGGUGGUCAGCCAUGUCGGUCCUGCUUCAAUGCACGCAUCAAGUGUACCUACAUCCGGGUCCAGCAACCUCGUGGUCCUCAGAAGCUGCGCGCAACUACCAAGUACCUAAUAGACCAAGCUCAACGCGGUAUCGAGGUACAUGAUGCUCUACCCUCGAUCCCUCAGAGCGGGGAGAUUUUGGAGACCGACCAUACCUCGACACCGGUACAGCGAGAAUGCGGUGCAAAAUCGGAAAGAUCUCGCAUACCCACCAAUGUCCUCGCAUCCCCGCUUUAUAUAUACCACGUGCGAAUGUAUCCAGUCUGGCCGAUCGUCGAUGUCGAAAGUGUCAUGUCCAGUUUGCAACAGGAUGUUGAGGAGAAUGACCACGAGACAUAUGCAUUGGCAACUGCUGUGGCAGCGGCAACGAUCGCUCAGUUAAGGCUAGGGCAAAGUUCUCUCCCUGACAAGUCGGUGACUGCGGAAACAUUUGCAGCGGAGUGUAUGAAGGCCCGCAGAUCCUGCGAUUACCGAUCAAGGCUCAAUUUGAACAAUGUCCGGACGGCCUUCUUCCUUCAUGUAUACUUCGAGAACCACCAAUCGGGCGCCAGCGAAUCACUGUUGUACUUGAGGGAGGCUAUCACUCUCGCCCAGAUGAUGUGCCUGCAUCGAGAAGUCUCGUACGCUGGCCUUCCCUCGGAAGAGCAACAAAUGCGUCGCCGUGUGCUAUGGCUGUUGUUUGUCACCGAACGCGGCGUCUGCAUACUCCACAAACUCCCCGUAGUCUUGAAAACAGAUAUCUCAACCCCAGAGCUUGAUGCGAAUGAUGAGCCCCAGGUUCUGCCGGCCUUUCUGAAACUGCUCAAUCUGUUCCGAUUGUUCGAACAGUCAAAAAUGUUUGACAUCAUCGAGGAUGAUAAGGGAGGCUUUGAGCCACUGUCCAGCGAAGUUCCUAACCUAGACAGCCGUUUUCUCAGGCUACUGCAAGAUAAUUUGCAGGACGGAUCAGCUUUAUUGGACCAUAUUUCAGACGUACAGAAGGCAGACCUUUGCGUUACCAGACAUUGGAUGCGCAUGAUCUUGUGGAAAUUCUCGUCCAAAAAAAGCGCUCAUGGAUCUUCUACUUAUUGGCCCACUUCUCCAUCCUUUCCAAUCUUGGUCGCAAAGGAGCUAUUGAACAUAGUAUCGCAACUACCACGAGCGGCCAUCGAAGCCCACGGGCUCGGUAUGGAGUUGAAACUCUAUGAAAUUGCCAGCUCACUCGCCGAUGCCGUAAUAGACCUCGCAAUGUUGCCACGGGCGCCUUCUUGGGAUAACGAAAGCCGCCCCAGCAGUAUUUUAGCCCGCUUACACUCCAUCCUCUCCACUUUCAGAGGUGGGGGGAACAAGGAGCUAGCUGAGUUACUGUAUAGAAAGAUGGCAGAUGCUCAGGCUAGAAGCGGUCCUGCUUUAUCACCUCCAAUAAGAGAACCACAACCCUCAGUUAAAAGUAAAAUGCUACCUGCAGCUACUACAACUUCUGCGUCAGGUGGAGAGGACCUAACACAUAAACGGGCUACUACUGCAAUGGAAGCUGCAGGUCCCAUAGCUGACGACAUCAGCCCGCUCAAUAAUUGGUCUACUGCCACCGAGGCUCAGCUCCCUGCAGUGCAGUCUGUGGGCCAAGGGCAUAUACAAGAUAGUCUUAGUCUCGAGCACCAUGCGCAGAGUGGGUACAAUGGUCUUCAGCCACUGGAAGACAUGCUAUUCACCGAGUUUGCGGAGUCGACAUUUCCUACGCAACUUGAGUCUUCUCAAAGCGUCUAUGACCCCUCUUUUGGCAACUUGCUACCAUACUCGCUACCCAUGGAGGGUGUGAGAAGUACACCCAUGAGUUUCGCCUCGCUGUCGCCUGCUCUACCCUCUGGCUCCGUUGAAAUGCUGAUAAACGACUUUAUCUCGCAAAUUCCGGAGGGUCAGUUCACACCUGAACUCAACUUUUUAAGCAAUGAAUUUCCAGAUGCAGUCUUGUCCGGCGAAGGAUUUCUGCUUUCUUAG